AUGAACAAAAACGGAACAGCUAAAAUGAAUGAUAAUCAAAUAAGAGCCGAAGGUAGAAGGUUAUUUAAACGCUUCUAUAACAUUCCUGAUGGUGUUAAUCCUAAAACUCGUAGAAGUUAUUUAAAUGAAGCCAUAGAUGCAUAUGAAGGAUUUGACAUUUCAUCAGAAAGUGAGAGGUUAGCAAGAAUGUUAAACGUUAAUAUUGAUUUUUAUUAUUGUGUCCCUCAACCAGAAGACGUAGACAUAAAUAAGGUAGACUUUCCAUUAGUGGAAUCAAUAAUGAUAGAUCCAGAAUUUGAAACAGUAAAUAUUUUAUUAACACAGAGUCCAUGUGGAAAACUUCACGCUGACAGAAUUACAGACGUUGAAGCACUCACAGGAUAUAAAGUUUGCCCCUUUUGCAAAGAAGAAGUAUAUUCUAUCCGUGAUGACCCAGAAAGGAAAAACCAAAGAAGAUUUUUAAAGCAUUGUGAGAAAUGUAAAGAAAAUAAUGGAAGAUUAAUUCAAGACGUUCAAUUGCAAAACACACAACAACCAUAUGCACCACAUAUCACGAAACAGAAGAUAUAUCAAUGGCUAUUAGCACAUAAUUUGCAGGAAUAUUAUAAACCAACAAGAUAUUAUAUUACUUUUGACUUCGAAACAUUAGAGACUAAAGAAGAACUUCAACUUUCUGAAUGUGCAACUUUGAACGCUUACUUAAAACCAUUUAUGGUAUCAUCAACUGUCAAAAUAAAGCCGCAAACGGACUCUUUGAGUCCUGAAGGUCUUUCAGACCGAAGCGGCGAGGUCGUAGACCGUGAUAAAACAUUUACGAGGAAUUUUUGCUUAACAUCAAGUGAUUCGUUCAUCUCUGAUUGGAUUGAAUUUUUAUUUUCAACCUGUUCAUUAGUUGCUAAAUCAAAUAUUGAACAAUAUGAAGAAUUAAUGAAGCCGCAAACGGACCAAACGGCGGGGACUUUGUCCCAUACAUUAAAUGAAAAACAGAAGGAAGCAUUUAAAGAACUUCUAGAUGAGGAAUUCAAUAAAGUGAAUAUCAUAGGUUUUAAUUCGGGAAAGUUUGAUUUAAAUUUAAUUCUUCGUGAUUUAAACACUGCAAAAUGGAAAAUAAAAUCAAUGCUGGGUUCUUCUUCUCAAUUUAAGCAAAUCAUUGUAAAGAAAACAAACUGUCCAUAUGAAUUAAGAUUUAUUGACAUCAGAAAUUAUAUAGCGGGUGGAACAUUAGACCAAUUCACUCAAGAUUUCGGAAACAAUAAAUCACGUGUUAAAUCCUUUUUCCCUUAUCAAUUCAUCACAUGGGAGAAUUACGAAGAUGAAUUAUAUAAAGUGGAACCAUUCACUCAAGAUUCAUUUUAUUCAGCAUUAACUCAAGAAACAAUAUCCGAUUCAGAUUAUCAAAUAUAUCUCAAUGAUGCUAAAAAUUUUGAGAAUAGAUUAGAAUAUUUUAUUCAUUAUUGCAAUAAAGACGUUGAAAUUAUGAUUGACCCAAUUGAUAAAAUUAUUGAAGAAACAUUUGUUUAUAAAAUUGACAUGCUUCAUAAUCUUUCUUUAUCAUCGAAUGCAUCAAUGAUUCGUUACGCGUUAGCAUAUAAGAACUUCAAUCCUAACGAAACAUAUCCAGAAGAAGAAAAUGUGGAAUCAAGUUUUGAAUUAACAAAAAAGUAUUGGAAAUAUAAAAUUGAUUCAUAUAAGAAACAAGAUGAAAAAGCAGAAAGGGAUACUAAAAACAAUGUUUCAAUGGAUGACUAUCAAUACUAUCACGAUUUAAUCCUUUCAUCUAAAUGCAAAAUGU